CGCCAUGGUGAGUUUGAUAGAGAAUCACCUUUACAAUGAUCAUGGAGCGCCUGAAUAGAUAUUGAAAAUUCAAUAUGUCAUGAACCAUGCGUAAACCAAGUAUUUUUCGCAUGAAGAGAAUACAGAAGUAAUAUCACUCAACAUUCUUUCUCAGAGCGGGGUGUCUUGAUAUAUUAGGAUAUACUUAGGAACACACUGAGAGCUGUGGUGAGCAGUUACGUAAGAAAUUCAUUCCCCAAACGCCGACAUGCUCGACGAAAAGAAAGAGGCAGGUGACGAUGAUGAGGACGAACUUAAGAAACCUUCGGCCAGCGCCAGGUUUCACGAGCUCCUGGCCGACAUCGACAUGCACGGGGUGCCCCGUAUACAGAUGGACCUACACAUUGCCAAGAAAGUCAUCUGGAUCAUUGUCAUGGUCGGCCUCUUAGGAGUCGCCAUCUGGCAGCUGUACUCUGUAGUCGAGUAUUUCACAUCAUGGCCGACCUCCACCACAUUCGAAUACGUCUACGCUCGGGAAAAGGAAUUUCCCGCGGUGACCUUGUGUAACCUGAAUCCUGUUCGUAACUCAAGAACGACAAAGUUGCCAGACGGUUCUGCGGCGAGGACCUUCUUUGACGAACAAAAAAUAAAGACAACGGGAAACGCAGGUCCACAACAAAGCGGGACUGGCACGUUCUCCUGGGACAACAUUAACUUCUCAGACCAACGAACCGACUACGAUGCCAAAGUUUUAUUCUACCAGACAUACAUGGCGCUGUCUGACGAGGAAAAACAAAAUGUUGGCUACAGUAUGAAAGAAAUGAUGCUGGACUGCGCGUUUAAUGGAAAAACAUGUUCGCCCAUAAAUUUCACCCGGACGGUACAUGCACAUUUUGGUAACUGUUUCACUUUCAAUACCCCGGAUGAAAAUGGCGACGUUACAAGUGUAAGCGCCCCUGGUCCCAUACAUGGUUUGAGUCUCACUAUGCUCAUCGACCAGACGGACUACUUCCCAACAAUUUCGGAAGCGGCAGGGCUCAAAGUGCUUGUACAUCAUCAGAAACAGUUUCCCUUCCCAGAAGAUGAUGGUAUGUUGGUGGCGCCGGGGUCCGAUACCCAGAUUGGUGUCAGGCAGGUGGUUAUAGUCCGGGCAGAAUCACCGUAUGGAAAUUGCCAGAAUUAUAGUGAUACUGAUGCAAGGUCGAGGGAUGCCUACACAGAAAGGCUGACAGGAGUCGGCUACACAUCGGUGGGAUGCGAGAAAACCUGCAUGCAGAAGGAAAUCUUCAAAGCGUGCGGAUGCAAACAUCCCUUCUAUGUGUAUGUAGGAACCACCUUUGCGAACAGUGGCGUCCCAACUGCUGAUUUCUGUCAGUUGAAUAAAGCUGAGACCCGUGACUGUAUCACGAGUGUUGAGCAGAAACUGAACACGGGUACGCUGCCGUGUAACGAAGAUUGUCCCCCAAGUUGUCUUGAUCACUCUUACCCAUCAACAGUGGCGUCAUCAACAUGGCCAGCACAGAAAAAAGAGAAAGACGUGAUCAAUAUGAUAGCCACCACUAAUCCUGCCCUUAAAAACCUGAUUGCUGGCUACUCCACCGACGAAGCUAAACGACUCUACAUGAGUCAGGAAAUUUUGAAAGUGAGUGUUUUCUAUCAAGAUAUGUCGUACCAGUAUGUGGUCACAUCGUCAGCCUAUACCGUCGAGGAAAUGGCAUCGGAUCUCGGUGGAACAGUUGAGCUCUAUCUCGGCCUCUCGAUCGUCACCUUGGUGGAAACGAUCGAGUUCUUCAUGGAUCUUUGCUUCAUCUGCUCACAGAAACGCAAAAUAAAGAAGACGAUGAAAAACAAAACCGCCCCAGUGAAGGCAUAAGAUGGCGUCAUGGCGUAUUAGUGUAUCUUCAAGUUUUUCCGUUUCCAGUGAAAGCAUAACUGAAGGAUAGGGCAAGGUACUGGUGUAAUAUAUCCAAGUGUUCAGUUUCGCUGAGGUCGUCUCAUUACUUCAGAAACACAGGAAAAUGUAGACAUAUUUGACAGUUUUCUCUAUGUAUACGUGAACGACUUCUGUUGGAUUUUCUGGGGAAAACUGCUGUAGUGGUCCCUAUUUCGGCCUUAUUCAUGUACAUAGCAGAAUUUCAUUAAGCUUUCCUAUGAUUAAGUCUUGUAGU